CCCUAAACCUCGAUGUUAUGCCAAUGGAAUUUCUAGCUCAUUGAAUGCCUGCCUUCAUCACCUACAAUACAAAAAUCAGACAGACAAUGGCUUCGUUAACCUGCACCAAGUUUACACUGCUCGCCGCAGCUGCAAUUCUACUUCAGAUCACCGGUCUCUCGCUCUUCGUCUUUGGAUUCUUCCCCAUUAGACCAGCUCUCUCUGGUGUCAGUGGACCAGAGAGUUUCCGGCCUCCCUCAGCCUCAUGUGAUUCAUUUGAGGAUCAAAAUUUCACAGCUCUGCAUCCUGACCAACUCAAAUCAUUAUACCAGGUAACUUUAGCCACUCAUAGAAUGUCAAAUAUUGUUAUACUUGCUAUUUGCCACACUAACAUCAGCUUUCAAGUGUGUACCCUUUGUUUAGGUUGAAUGGGCGAUAUAUCUUAAUAUACUGUACGUUAACAUAUAUGGGUAUUGGGUCCCUCAUAGCCACCAUAUCAGAAUUUCCAUUUGGGAUUUUCCAUAUUAAUUACAAUAUUUUGGUUCUCCAGUGGGUUUACUGAUCAAGAGGUGAGCAUCCUCGCAAAAUAAAUGGAAGGUCUUAGUUCGUUUCAAGACACCACCCAUGUGUCCUUGGAUACUCAAUUUAAUUCAUGAUGGCUAUGGGACCGGUUAGGUGGGCCCCUUCAACAAGUGACGUUCCAAUUUUGCAGAAUACAAUGUUUUGGUUAUCUACCCUCAUCACAUCUGCAAAUUAUUGAUGAUACACGUUACGUAUAUUUUCUUUGCAUAUAGCUUUAGUAUUGUUGCAGUUUCAAAAGGAAGGGGGGAGUAAUUUUUAUCUGGUCAUGAAAUCCAGGGGCAACAUUGUUAAGUUUAAGUUAGACAUGACAGUUAUGUUACUUAUCAUAUGACAGUUAUGUUAGUUAUCCUAGAAUGGUUGUCGGUUGGUUCAAAGGGUACAACCCUUGACUAACUAUUUAUAUAUUUGUAAUCAUUUGUAUCCGUUGAAUAAUUUACUGUGAAUGAAAAAAAAGUGUUGUGAUUAGUUUACCUUUGUCGAAGUCCCCAACAUUGUGGUAUCAGAGCACAGAAGAUGGCCUCAAUUUCGAACAUUGUUUUACAUCCACAACUUCCCAAAUUGAAUGGGAAGAAUUAUCAUCACUGGAGUAUACAAAUGAGGGUCCUAUUCGAAUCACAAGAGUUGUGGGAUAUCGUAGAGCAAGACUUUGAUGAACCAAAAGAUAUAAAAGAACUCUCGCAAGAACAGGAAGAUGAUUUAAGGGAUUUAAGAAAGAAAGACAAGAAGACUCUCUACACCAUAUAUCUGACUGUGGACGAGAUCAUCUUUGAGAGAAUAUCCUCCACGUUUUCUUCUAAAGAUGCAUGGGAUACACUGUACAUAAUCUAUCAUGGGGAAGACAAGGUAAAGGUUGUGAGACUGCAAACUCUUAGGUGUGAAUUUGAUAGUCUCAAAAUGAAAGAUGCAGAGACGAUAGAGGAGUUCUAUAAUAGGGUAAUCCUAUUAUUAAUCCAACUUAGAUUGAAUGGCGAAGUCAUAGAAGAUAGGAGGGUAAUUGAGAAAAUUCUUAGAAGUUUAACCAGAAAAUUUGAAUAUGUUGUGGUGGCAAUUGAAGAAUCCAAAGACCUUCCAACAUUAUCUCUUGAAAGUUUACUUGGAACAAUCCAGUCUCGUGAACUAAGGAUGAGACAAUUCGAUACCACCCCAUAUGAACAAGCCUUUCAAUUACAAUCUUCAAGCAAUCAAGACAGAAACAGAACCUAUGGAGGGAUUGACAAAGAGAUUUCAAGGGGAAGUACAAAAACAGGCAAGAUAAUCCAGUGCAGUGUUUUCAUUGUCAGAAAUUUGGCCAUAUAGCCAAGUUUUGCAGAAAAAGAAUAGCAGAAGAGAGGGAUAUUAACUUUAUUAAUGUGGAAGAAGAAGGUGAAGCCAUAUUCAUGAUACUUAGUACUCAGGAGACUCCUGUUAACAACAAUUGGUAUGUUGACAGUGGAUGCAGUAACCACAUGUCAGGAAACAAAGAUAUUUUUGUUCAUAUAGAUGAAACUCAAAAAAGAGAAGUGAGGACAGGUGAUGACAGAAAAUUAAACGUAUAUGGAAUAGGAGACAUCCUGGUGGAUACAAAUAAUGGGCAGAAGAAAAUAACAAGUGUGUACUAUGUACCAGGAUUGAAGCAUAACCUGCUUAGUAUAGGACAACUUCUACAGAAAGGUUUUGACUUACACUUUAAAGAUGGAGCAUGUGAAUGGAAGGAUCAUAAUGGAAAGCCCAUGGGAAGAAUAAACAUGACAGGAAACAUAAUGUUUCCUUUAAAUUUUACAGAAGAUACUUUGUUCUCCUUCAAUUUGUCUACAAAAGAUCACUCUAUGCUAUGGCAUCACAGGUUUGGUCACACAAACCUUGGAUAUCUGAGUUAUAUGCAGAGACACAAUCUAGUAAAAAGAAUGCCAAGUUUGAACAAAGUUGAGGACGUAUGUGAAGGUUGCAUAUGGGAAAACAAAGAAGGGAAUCAUUCCCUCAAGAAGGAGCAUGGAGAGCAACAAAGCCUUUGGACUUAAUUCACACAGAUGUCUGUUGACCAAUGAAGACACUAUCUAUUGGUGGAAACAGGUACUUACUUACCUUUAUAGAUGAUUUUAGCAAAAAACUGUAGGUAUACUUCUUAAAGGAGAAAUCAGAGGUCUUUGAAAUCUUCAAAACCUUUAAGGCCUAUGUUGAAAAGCAGAGUGGUCAUAUGAUUAAAACCCUUAGAUCAGAUGGUGGAGGAGAAUACAACUCCACUCACUUCCUCAAUUUUCUGAAAGAAAAUGGGAUCCAUCAUCAGAUGACCAUUAGGUACACACCUCAGCAAAAUAGUGUGGCAAAAAGGUUAAAUAGAACCAUUAUUGAGAAAGCAAGAAGUAUGCUUAAGAGCAAACAUUUAGACAACUCCUUUUGGGCGGAGGCAGUGGCCUGUGCAUGCUACUUGAUGAAUAGAACCACUACAAAAGGCCUUUCUAACAUGACACUGCAAGAAGCUUGGACUGGAUUUAAGCCUACUGUGGGUCAUCUUAGAAUUUUUGGAUGUUUAGCAUACUCACAUAUCCCUGAACAGAAGAGAAGCAAGUUAGAUGAGAAAUCUGAAAAACCAUAUUCAUUGGUUAUAGUAAUAAGUCUAAGGCUUACAAGUUAUACAACCCUAGUACUAAGAAGAUCAUAGUAAGUAGGGAUGUUGUAUUUGAAGAGGGAAAAGAAUGGAAUGACUCAUCAAGUCAUGAAAAUGGUAAGUUAUACAACCUACAGAUUACACCAGUAGAUGAAGGGCAGAAAGAUGUUCAACAGAAUCAAGGUGAUCAGGAUCCUAACAUCCAUUUAAACUCUCCUACAACACCUACAACUCCUCAAACCUCUGGAAGUUCAAACUCUCAAAUAGAUACCAGUGAGAGUCCACCAAGGAGGGGGUAUAGAAGCCUUGUGGAUAUAUAUGGUGACCCAAGAAGCUUAGAUUUCAAUGAAAAUGCAGAUUUUGUCCUUUUUUCUGAUGCUGAUCAAGUAUCAUUUGAAGAAGCUUGGCAUGAUAAGAAGUGGAGGGAUGCUAUGGAUACUGAAAUAGAGGCCAUUACAAGGAAUGACACCUGGGAACUAGUAAAUCUUCCAAGUGGCUGUAAGUCAAUUGGAGUUAAGUGGGUAUACAAGAUUAAACUUAAUGAAAAAGGUGAGAUUGACAAAUUCAAAGAAAGAUUAGUAGUAAAGGGCUACAAGCAGAAACAUGGAAUAGACUACCAACAGAUGGAAGGCCUAAAUCCAGUCCAAUGGAUGUAAUCAGGAUGGAGACAGUAAGAUUAUUGGCUUUGGCAGCACACAACAGAUGGAAGGUACAUCAAAUGGAUGUAAAAUCAGCCUUCCUCAAUGGCUUCUUGGAAGACCGAUGUAUAUAUAGACCAGCCUGAAGGAUAUAUAAAGAAAGGCGAGGAACACAAAGUAUGUCACUUGAAAAAGGCCCUAUACGGAUUGAAGCAAGCCCCAAGGGCUUGGUACAACAGAAUUGAGAAUUACUUCUUGACACAUGGUUUCACAAAAUGCCCUCAAGAACACACUCUCUUCACUCAAAAACAACAAGAUAUGAUUCUGAUGGUUUGCAUAUAUGUUGAUGAUCUGGUAUUUACUGGAAACUCAUAUGAAUUGAUAGAAAAAUUUAAAGAAAGUAUGAAGAAGGAGUUUGAUAUGACAGAUAUGGGUUUCCUCCAUUAUUUCCUGGGAAUUGAAGUAAGACCGAAUGAUGAUGGGAUUAGAAUUCUCCAACAAAGAUAUGCUCAGAAUUUAGUAAACAAGUUCAAUAUAGGAAAGUCAAACCUGCUAUUACUCUAUGGACUUUGGAAUCAAACUUUCAAAAGAUAGCAGGGAAGAAAGUGUGGAUAGUAGUCUGUUUAGAAGCUUAGUUGGCAGCAUCAUGUACUUGACUGCCACAAGACCUGAUUUGGUAUUUUCAGUGUGCAUCUUAAGCAGGUUUAUGGAAUUCCCUAAGGUAAGUCACUGGGAAGCUAGAAAGAGGAUCCUAAGAUAUGUGAAUGGGACUCUAAACCAUGGAAUCUUUUAUUCAAAUACAAGUGAUUUCAAACUCACAGGUUUUAGUGAUAGUGAUUAUGGAGGCAAUCUUGAUGAUGGAAGAAGCACAUGAGGCUAUAUCUUCAAUUUGGGAUCUGGAGCUGUCUCUUGGUAAUCAAAGAAACAAGAUGUAGUAGCUCUAUCUUCUGCUGAGGCAGAGUACAUGUCUCUCUCUGUUGCUGGCUGUCAAGCAAUCUGGUUAAGGGGCAUCUUACAUGAACUGGAACACAUUCAGUUUGGACCUACUACCAUAUUCUGUGACAAUAAAUCUGCCAUUGCUCUGUCUAAGAAUCCAGUGUUCUACGGCAAGAGUAAACACAUCAGAAUUAAAUUUCAUUUUAUCACGGAAUUGGUGUCAAAUGGGGAGAUCGAUUUUCUGUGGGACUAAAGACCAACUUGCAGACUGCUUUACCAAGGCUCUCCAAUUUGGGAAUUUCAACAAUAUGACGCAGAGAUUGAAGGUUCAUACAUGUCUAAUUUAAGGGGGAACUUUCUUCAAUCACACCUUCUUAUGACCGAUUGAUACUAAUGGUUAUUGAUGGUCUUCCAGCAGAAUUUGUUCUUGGAAGAGAUGGCCAGCCUCCAUCAACAGUUUUAAAGGAUGCGAUGCCAUAUACUCAGUCUUUGUUGGCCAAUAGAAUGGCAUUGGGUUACCAUGCUAAGGCUGCACCUCCAACCGUUACACUGCCACGCUUGAAGGCCAUGACUACUGGGUCGAUUGGGGGAUUCUUGGAUGUUUUGUUUAAUUUCAACACUCAAGCUCUUCUGGAAGACAAUAUUAUAGGUCAAUUUUUCAGAAUAGGCUGGAAAAUGGUUAUGCUUGGUGAUGAAACGUGGCUCAAGUUGUUUCCAGGAUUAUUUACAAGGCAUGAUGGAGUUAGUAGUUUUUUUGUUAAAGACACUGUGCAAGUGGAUCAUAAUGUUUCUCGGCAUCUGAGUUAUGAACUUUACAAAAGUGACUGGAAUCUUCUGGUUCUUCAUUAUCUUGGUUUGGAUCAUGUUGGACAUCUUGGCGGGCGCAGUAGCAUCUUGAUGGGACCGAAACUCCAGGAAAUGGAUGAAGUAAUAAAAAUGAUUCACUUGAGUACUAUCCAGACUCAAGAAAGUGGUCAUGGGCGUACUCUCUUGGUAGUAGUUAGUGAUCAUGGUAUGCAAAAUAAUGGUAAUCAUGGGGGAUCUUCAUAUGAAGAAACAGACUCGUUGGCACUUUUUAUCGGCCCAAGAAAUAGUCAUGCAUCAGCAACAGAUGAUACAAUUAAUCAGGUUGACAUUGCUCCAACAUUGGCUCUCCUUUUUGGUGUACCUAUUCCCAAAAACAAUGCUGGCCAUCUGAUCGUUGACUUAUUUCAUCCUAUAGAAGACCACCAGCUACUAAGGGUACUGGAACUGAAUUCGUGGCAGUUGCUAAGGUUACUUCAAGCCCAAUCAACUGAUUCUACUUGUGGAAGUUUUAUAUGUCAAGCUGUUAAGAAGGAUUAUUCAUCUGGCCUCGAUGAAUAUGAAGGUAGUUUGGAGGAGAUAUCUUCUUGCUUAUAUCUCGAUGCUGCUGCUCUCCAUAGGUCUUGGAAGUCCAAGCAUGCUUUAAGGUCUGCUAGCAAUGAUGAUCUUCUGUGCACCGUCUUAGCAUACAGUGAGUUCCUAAGAACAGCAAGCAAGCAGCUGUCACACAGAGCAACAGACAAACCCAUUGGCCUACUUGCCUCAGGGAUUAUGGCAAUGCUUUUAUCAUGUGCCAUGUUGUUGGGCCUACUUUUCAAAUUGGACAAAGAAAUUUACCCAAGGAGAGAGCCUUCGCUCUCAAAUUUACAAAUCUACAAGUUCCAGUUGGCUGAGGUUUUGGCAGUGGUUGUUAUGGUAGUUAUUGUGUUGAGCAUGGGAUCAAGCUCUCUGGUUGAAGAAGAGCAGUAUCUAUGGCAUUUUAUGACCUCAACCUUUUUUCUGGUAUUACUCCGGCAAACAAUACAGUCUACUAAGGGUGGGGAUUUAUCGAAUCUACUUAAUUCAAGCAUGGGGAAUGGCAAUAGAACCUGCAUUCAACUAUGUUCUAUUGCAGUUAUUGUCAUUUCCCUAAGGAUUUUGAGAGGCUGGCAUCAAGGUGGUGUUAACUGGACUCACCUUCCUGACAUUUCAAAGUCACUUGAGAUGGCUGGGAGUAGCUGCAUCAAAUCUUUCCAACUCCUCUCCGUGGUGCUUGUAAUCAGCUUAUGUUUGUAUGCUCUUUCUUCUUUAUGGUCAAAGAGUUAUAUCAUCAUUGUGAUUGAACUAAGCUACUUAUGUGCCGGUUUGCUGGUUCUACAGUAUGUCAUAAAGUAUCAGGGUAGUGGAAUUGCAGCAUCUGAUAAUGAUGCAAGCUUAGCAGCACGGUUGAUUUACGCUUUUCUUGUUAUGUUGACAACAGGAACUGUUAUUGCAUCACCAUGGGUUUUGUCAUUUCAGAACUCUCAUACUGAUUUACAAGAUCUCACUUCCAACUUUCAAAGCAUGGAUCUGUCUUUGUUGAUUAAAGAUUCUUUGUUCCUUAGUGGGACAACAUACAUGUUUGGCUGGUGUCUUCUGCAACUUUUGCUACAACAACCUGUCAAUUUGAUGCCUAUUUCGCUGCUUCUCAUACAAAUACUUGCUACCAUUUAUUAUGCUUCUCAUGGUGGUGCAGAUGUUAAGCAGUGGAUUGAGAUUGCUGCACUGUAUUAUUUGGGAAUGGCCGGCCAUUUCAGUCUUGGAAACACCAACACCCUAGCUACCAUUGAUGUUGCUAGAGCUUUCAUCGGAAUCUCUAGUCACUCAACAGUGCUGAGUGGAUUGAUAAUGUUUGCGAUAACAUAUGCAUCUCCAAUGUUAGCUCUCCUUAGCAUGGUUAUGUCAAUCUCUAUGAAAGAUAUAAACCCUCUUCGGGAAGCAAAUAUGGGACAACUUUUCAAGAUGAUUCUUGGUUUCCCUUGUCUGGUUCCGCUGGCCUUGAAUUCUCUACUUUUGGUUGCAUACACGAUCAUACUGCUGCUAAUGAGGAACCAUCUAUUUAUAUGGACCGUCUUUUCACCAAAGUACAUGUACAUUGUAGUGACGACUGUUUGUGUCCUUGUUGGGGUGCUUAUUGUUGCUUCAACAGUGACUUAUAUCAUUUGCGCAUCAGUUUUCUUGGGGAGACGUCAAUACAAGGAUCAUAAUUCAUGUGUUAAUUCUUGAUCUCUCUAUGAUCUGCUACUCUUACGCACAAAAUGGAAAAAAGAACCUUCAGAAUUUUGCACAAUGAGAGAUGCUUACUUUCGUUAUGGUUUACUUUUUGGAUUAUGUUUUGAAUGUACAACACUCCAAUUAACAAUGAAGGGUUAUGGCAUAGCAUGGCGGUAAGUCGUGAUGUUUCUCAAGACGUGGCUUAAGCCGACAAGUGUGUUUUUACUAACUAGUUUGGGGACGAAAUAUUAUGUGAGAAUAGCAGUGAAGGUGAGAAGCGUAAGAAAAGAUCUGGGUUAUUGAUCAUUUUUAAUCUCCUUCCUACUCUAUGAAUUGUGCUUCUCACGGAAAUGGAUCUAAAACAUCUCAUUAGUGUUGAUCUUCAAUUAUGGUUGAUCAAAUGGUGGAGAUUUCUUCUCACUCUUCUCAUCAUAACUUUCAUUCUCACAGGAAACCAACCCAUAGUUUGGGUACUUGUGCAAUGCGUCGGGAUGUCAAACGUUUUUGUAAAUCAAGGAUAUGAAGUUUAUGUUCAUCAUAAACUCCAAAAUUUAAAAUUAUUUACAAA